AUGGCAUGUCUGGAGGAAAGUCCCAAAAUCAGUUGCCAGUGCUGUGAUGCUACAUUAAAAAGCGGUGAAUUUAAUAAUUCGUUAUUUUUCGACAAGGGACAACAACAACUGAGGAAGCCUCCGUUUACUUUUGUUCAACUUAUUACUCAAGCUCUAAUCACGUCGCCCAAUCAUCAACUUCCUUUAUCUGAAAUUUAUAAAUUCAUUGCCGAUCGUUACCCUUAUUAUCGUAUUGCGAAUGAUAAAUGGAAGAACAAUAUACGUUACACUUUGAGUUUUAAGAAGGAAUGUUUUAUAAAGGUGCCUAGGAUGCCCGGUGGUCAUGGAGCUUAUUGGCGAAUGCAUGAUUAUGCUGAAAGAGCAUUAGUAGAUCAUGCAUUCUCAACCAAAUAUACGAGAUUUUAGUAAAGCUAAUGAGGCUGAUGCAAAUAAUCUACAUGAAAUUGUUUUUCACCAUAAUUGUUAAAAUUAUUUUGUGCUGUUGCGAUUCGCUGACUUUGCGAACAUGCAUAUGUAUAUCUGAGGGUUUAAUAAAAUACAAUAUUUCACACCAAAAGUCUUUCAAUACACGCUUUUGUACAUUUCCUGCCACUAAGAUACCUACCGCUGAUAACGUAGAGUUUGUUUGUUUUUUAAUUUCGGGUUAUUAAUAUGUUUCUUUUUAGGUUACCAAAUCGACGCAGUAUGCAACAUUAGCAGCAGAAACAUUUGCCUCAAGUGCGGCAAAUGUUACAAUAGACACCAACUGCAUCUGCAUGAGCAAUUCGAAUGCGGAAAACAAGUGUCCAUACAAUGUUUCUUGUGCCCCAGGAAGUGUAAAACAAGGGAAAUUUUGCAAGUUCAUCUGAAAAAUAUUCAUCAGAUCCACAAUUUUCCUUAAACUUCACAAAUGAUCGGAAACUUGAGCAAUUUACACAGUGUGUCCCAAAAAUAACCGAACUUUUUGGAUAUAGAAUAAAAUACACAUUAUAUUAUUAUCUUUGAAAGUUAUUAUUUAUUCAAAAUAGGUUCCAUUAGACUCAAUAGAACGUUUGGAACGAUCAACAUGUCAUUUAUAGGAAUAUUCUUCAGCACCUCGGUUACGGCUGCUUGAAUGGCUGGGCUAUCAUCAUAAAAUGCUCAUUUCAUCUUGGUUUUCAGUUUUGGAAAUAGAAAAUAGUCAGAUGGUGAUAGAACGGGCGAAUACGGAGGGUGGUUGAUGAGAGAAAUCCGUUUUUUUAUCAAAAAUUCGUUAACUUUUUUGGUCUUGUGAGGUGGUGCAUUAUCAUGCAAUAAAAACAGCUGUACUCCUGCUGGAUAUUCAGGUCUAACACGACCAAUUCUUUUCCACAACAGAUGUAAAAGGCCUAAAUGGUAUUCUCCAUUAACAGUUCGACCUUCUGGAACAAAUUCCUUGUGGACAAUACCCUUCGAAUCAUAAAAAGUAAUCAACAUUGCCUUGAUUCGAGACCUUCUGUUAUCUUUUUAAUCCUGCAAAUUUGCAAUAGAUGGCACUGCAUGCUGUAUGAUUUAAAUUUAAAGUUCGGUUAUUUUUGGGACACACUGUGUACUUAUUUUGUUGAUCAAUAUUACUUCAGUCAAUCUGUUUCAUUGUCAGAACCUCCAGCUUGCCAUUACCUAGUUAAGACAUAUUGACUGAUACUUUUUCGUGUUAUUUUUAUUUAAUCGAUAGCAAAUAGUUACUAGUCAAAUUUCACUUUUUCACCUAUAAUGACAAAGAUUCCUGUGAGCAUAAAAAUAUCUUUGUGAAUUCAUGAACUUUUACCAUGUUAUUUUACAAUAAUAUUACUACAAAAUAGUUCGUUUCGUUGUAAUCAAUACACAAUAUUCAUAGCGCAUUUACCCACAUAUGACAACCCAUUCACAAAAUCUAUAAUUGUACUGAGUUGUGUAGCCAAGGGAAAACCAUGUGUUUAUCCUAGUGUCCGACCGAAACUGGUUUUUACGACCGAAACCGAAUUUCGGCAACGGUCAAAGUUUCGGCCGAAACCGAAA